AUGCGGAAUCACGGCGAGGAGUCUGAGAAUACCAUGGUCCCCGAUGCGGAGGACUGUGUUCGGCUUGUGAAGGCGUGCCGAAUACCGCUGGUACCGGUUAGCCGCCCAGCUGCCGAACAGCAGAUUCCGCCUGCGGACUUCGUCGCGACGAUAUCGACGCCGAUUGCGCGCGAGAGCUCAGAUUACACGCUGCUUUCGUGGCUGUUGAACGACAGCUCGGAAGUGACGCUGACGACGGCGUUCGAUACCUGCGCGGACCCGUUUCGCCUGUUUAAGCGCGGGCGCGCGCGCUACCGGGAGCUGUUUAGCUUUCAGCACGCGGCAGCGGACUCCAACACCACGCUGUCCGGCGAGCUAACGAAAGUCUCUGUUUUCCCGCGGGUGGUGCAGCAGACUGGGCUGGACCGGUUUGACAUGGGCCACCUGUGCGGGCAGUACAUGAAGCAAUUCGUCAAGGUGAUGCACCGGUACAGCCAGGCAGGCGACCCGGGUCAGAACCGGCCCCGCUAUCUACAGACGAACCUGAGCAAGCUGGUGCAGAGCUACACGCGCGACGUGGUGCACGACAUUGUGCACAAGUGGGUGCUGUGGACGGCGCGCAUGGCGCCCGGAGCGCCCAGGCCGAAGGAGAGCCAGAUCAUUGACUCGUUGCUGUCGCACUACUGGCAGCGAUACAUGGUUCUGGGCAACAACUCGUUUGAGGAAUUCGUCGAAGUGAUCGACUCGACUACCGCUGCGGUGUCGGUGGGCAUCCGCGAGGCUGACGACUCGGGGAUUAUCUAUGGGAUCUGGAUCGACGGUCAGAACGGGAUUCUGCUGCUCUGCAACGGCCUUGUCUCGCAGCGGGGGUCCUGCCUGUCGCCGACGUUGGGCGCGACGCUGGAGGCAAACUACUUCGAUACGGUGCGCAAGCUAAUGUUCUUCCUCAAUUGUUCGAUCAUGGAGUGCUGCAACCGCCAUCUAGAGAAACGCGGGAGCUCGAAAAGCUAA